AUGAGCUUGGUUACAGAUACAGACUAUCAUAUGCAACUACUACGGUUAUCAUUUUUACGUCACGUUUCAUCUACGCCACUUAAAUUAGCAAAAUCGACGAGAAAUCCUUACGUAAACGCAGCUGGACUGACAGAUAUUGAAAAAUGGCCUGAGAUUGAAAAUACUCCAAACUCCCCAACUUUUAAUUAUUCUUCUACACCAAAUCAAUCUUCGAAAUCUUCUGCUGAUCUUCUUAAAGCGGAUGAUUUACCACAAACCAGAGGUUCUAGCUUGAAAUAUACGCAGACUAUCGUUGGUCCUGGUCGCUCAUUGGCUUUGAGUAUGCGUACGAACGCUAGAAAGUCACAGGAUGUGAACAACGUCAAUAGAAGGCGACGUAUACCAGUUAAUGAUCAACGUGAUCAACUUCAACAGACUCUUAACCCUCAAAAGAGUGACGUAGAUUCUAGUCAUGAUGAACCCCCUUCUGUCGUUGUCCAUAGAGAGGAAAAUGACUCUGAUACAGAUAACAUACACACAAUACAAUCUGAUGAGGAUGACGACGAUUACGUCGUUGACUACGAUUCUCAAUUGAUGAGGAAUGCUACUUCACCUUCUUCUGCUUCAUUUCAGGUCAAUUCUCAAAUUAACUCUCAACUACCCAAUUCAAUCAAUCAAACUUUAUCUAUUAAUGACAAUAUACCGCCAGUAAACGUUAGAAAUACCCACUCUGCUUUAGAGACUAGGCCAAGAGGCGCGAGCACUUCGACUGCUGAUGCAGACGACGAGGAUGAUUUUAGACAGCAACAAAUGCCACGUAUAACUCCCAAGAUACCCGAUGAACAUACUGGCAAGGUCUACACAACAAGUCCACCAUUACCAGUCGCAGCACCUCCUCACAGUCCUCUCGCUCUUGCUGUUUACAACAAUACCACCAGACUACUUGACUCAAAGAGACCGAUUACAAUGACUAGAGGUAAUAGCUUAAGUGCAGUUGAAGAGAUCAACCAGGAAACCCAGCUUGCACCAGCUGCUACAAAUGACCCCAGCCAAAGUCCACAGAGCGCUGUCGUAAACAGGUUCAGAUCAGCUUCAGUGUCCACUAGCGCCGCUCGCGAUAUUGACGACAGAAAGGUAGAUCCAAAGAUAGUUCAAAAGAUGGACAAAGAGAAGGAGAAAGAUCUGAACAAGGACAAUCUUCUCAAAAAACGUCCGCAUCUACCACCUCAGCAAGGCACCUCAGCGCUCACCAAGCUCAUACAGACCAAGUCUGAGGCUCAAAAAGCAUCGCAGAUUGGUAAAUCGACCUCGGAAAACCCAUUCAGGAGGCUAUAUGCUGCGAUGGACGCGAGCGAGAUUGGUUCAUCUGUCAAUCUCAGCUUGUACUUUCCUCACUCAUCAAGACCUAAAGAGCCCCUACGUAUGCAAAUACGCAAGGAUGCCACAUGUGAAGAGGUCAUUGGUUUUGGUUUGUACCUGUUUGUCGAGCAGAGGGAGAAGGAUAUCAAGGGCAUGUUGGGUAGCUCUACCGAUAAUGUCAGGUGGUCCCCUGAAGGAUGGAAUCUGAGAAUUGUUGAGGAAGAUGGCGAGGUCGAUGAGGACUUCCCUGCCCUCGAUAGAUUUAGGCCGGUGUCCAAAUUCUCUUUCGAUGAACUUGCUAUUUGCGAAGCUACAGUGCCACAAGUACGCUCGAAUCAGCUUGCGGUAUCGAAAGUCCAACGUCGCCAAUCACGCAUAACGGUUGAUCCAUUCACAAGCACCGCAAAUAGCAACAGCAUAAAUAACAACAGUACUAACAACAACAGCAAUAACACUAAGACCUCAAACGGCAACCCAAUGCUGGCACCGGGCAAUGUCAACACUACCUCGUCAACAUCACUCGAGGGUGCGAUCGAACACAGCAACCAGGUUGCUACUCCUACAUUGUCUAGAAGUGCAACUGCUGGUGUUAGUAGCUCGCUCGCCCCUAGCGUAUACCUGCGAAUAGAGGUACAUCCAACAGCUGAUGUAAGCUACACGACCACUGUUAGUGUUCCGAGCGAUAUGUACCUGCAGGACGUUCUAGAAAUGGUGUGUACCAAGAAGAAUCUCAAGAAUCCAAAUAGCUGGGCAUUGCUGGUCAAGUCUGCAGCACUAGUUAUACCGUUAGAUAGAACAGUUGCUUCACUAGAGGGUGUCUCCUCACUGAUGCUGAUCAAGCGCUCACACAUUGAUGCUGAUUUGCGUCUGGACAGACGUAUGGAAAUGGCGAGGAGUACAAACCCCAACGCGUCGAUAUUCAAGCGCCUGAGCAAGGAUCAUAAAAGUAAUAUCGGGUCGCGCCAGGGCACAAGUCCAUCUCUCGAUUACACAUCAGCUUAUCGGAAGUAUACUGUUAAUAGGCGUAUAUUGGGAUUGGUCGGUAAACAUGAGCGUACACUCGCUAUCGAUGGUGACUGGAUACAUCUCAUGCCUCAUGAACAGAAGGCCGCGCUGAUCGAUUCAAGUACAAAGACACGCUCGUAUCACGCAGCUAACAUUAAAGCAUGCAAGCAAGUCAAGAAGGGCGAGCAUCACUUUAAGUUGGAUUUCUGGCGUGGUGGAAAUCACGUCAAGCGGUAUGAAUUCGAAGCUGAGAGCGUUAGAGAGGCAAAUGAGAUUAUCACUCAAGUAAAGAAUCUUAUGGCGCUGUUUAAAAGCGAACGUAACCAACUUGCGAGAAUAGCGUCCAAGAAUGAGUAUACGAAUUACGACUAG